UGAAAUUGGGCAGACGACAUUGAGUGACGGAAAAUGUUACCGAAAAAUGUUGUGUUGUUUUUGCUCCUGCUGCACGAUGUGUACCGAUCGGUUUAUUGUUAUUCAGGAAGUGUUAUGUUGAAAACAAUAAAAAAAUCAAAUGGCAAAAGUCGACAAAAACGAAUAUUGGGUUUGAUAACGGAUCCUCAGUUGAAUUUUUAUUUUCAAUACAACAGUUGCUAUGCCCUUGCCGUCGUAGUCUCCCUACCCCUCGAACUGCCAUCAAGCCGAUCAGCAUUUCUUUCGUAUAAUUUUGAAACGAAUUACUAUUAUGCCUACUUCGAUAACGCUGCAGGACUGGUUCCAUUACCGUUUUCACAAAUCCUUGAGCCUGGAACAAAUCUCGGAACAAAGCACAGAAUAGAACUGCCACCUGGAUACCGGCAAUUUGGUGAGGCUGCCGGACUAAGUAGUGAGCUAGCGAAUAAAACCCAGCAAAGUUCUAACCUAUCAAAUAGUACUGUGGAUGUAGAGAGCAAAUCCGAGACGAUCCUAGCGCCGGAAUCAAUUGAUGAUGCGAAAAAGACCGAAAAGAAACAAAAGAAAGUCGACGACAAAGCAAAACUGAAAAAUCGGAAACUUCGCUCACUUCUGCAAAACUAUUUCAUGUCACGCCGUCGAUUUUUCAAAAUAAUGGAAAGCAAAAUGGACAGUUCGGGACUGAAUGGAAACGAAUGUCUACUGAAGGCUAUCUGCGAAACGGCAGCCCACUCAUUCGGUCAACAUAAUGGCGUCAUUGGCAGUGUUGUGGAUAUUUUAUUCUUACCAUCCGCAUCUAAAGAUGAAAGGUUACCGAAACGAUACUACAAAGCUGAGCAAAAUGGAAAAUUAGGCAACUGUGACGGUUAUAAUAAAAUGUGUCCCACCGGUGUGUUUCACUUCAUUUCAAAGCUGAUUUAAAUAAACGAA